AUGGCUCCUGACUGGCAAGACGAGUGCCAUGCCACUCAGAACCAGCCUUCACUGGAUCCUGUAGGCGUUCAUUAUGAUCGGGCUCUGCAAAGUACCUCUGGGAAUAUCCAGUCCUAUUCAGACCAUAUGGCUCAUGGGAAUAUCGCUGGCCGUGAGGAGCAAUUCCAGCAUCUUGGCUUCAAGUAUUCCCAUGCCCCUCAGCCUCAAACCUUGUCGAGUUCUACCUCGCACCAAAGCCAACUAGCAGCCCGCAUUCAGGCACGCAGAAUUCGUCGGCUUCAUUCUGUUGGACCCAACUCUCAAUCUCGACGUGCACGAAGCAACUACCUCAAAUCUCAGAAGUACUUGGAUUAUCGGUCUCGCCCUCGACGUGAUACUGGGAAGGAUGGGGAGGCAGUUUGGUCUGAUGAGCUGGAAGAUGCUUUCCAGCAAGCCCUUGAAGCAAACCCUCCUAUGGGUCGGAGAAAGUGGUCCGAACGGGGCAAGUCGUAUGGUCGCAACGAGCUGAUUGCCGAGUACAUCUUCAAGUUGACUGGCAAGCGGAGAACUCGCAAACAGGUCUCAAGCCAUUUGCAGGUCCUUGACUCUUUCCUCAAGGGAGAUCCCGAUUGGGAACGCCUUGUCCGAGAGACAUCACCAGAACGAUCAUCCAGCGUUCAUAGCUCAGCACCUGCUCCUAAAUGGAGAACAUCAAUGGAUCAACCUUCCUCGUCCAUGCACUACAGCAGCCAUAUUCACCCCACCUAUCAUGACCACAUGAGAUCCAUGCAACCCUACGCUGGAGAUCUUCCACCUCCACCCUAUACUCUUAGCUCCAACAUGCCGGAGGCUGCUGCUAGAACCGUUCACGGCCUCAACUUCGACAUGUGGGUCAGCGCUCCUCAGCAGGCGAACCAUGUCGAGAAGGCGCUGCAUGCAUACACUCGUCUCCAAGGUGAUCUACACCAUCCUGCUGCACCACCCAUGCCCCUCGAGCAUGUAACGGGAUGGGAAUCAUCCUUCCCCAAACUGGCCUCCAUGGUGGAUGACAUCCAUAAUCCUAUCGACUGUGACAUAAUCCUGUUGGAAGUCAACCUUGACCUGAUGACCGAUUUCCCCCCCUCAAGAUCACAAUUGGGAAUCCAACUCGACCUUGACUUCGGUCACCCUACUGCCGGUGAUGUCUUGGGAGUCAGACAGAUGGACAACUGGGCCUGCAGCACCCAUAUCUAUCAAGACGGCCAGGAGAUGAUUGAGUCCUACAACGAGCUUCCCCCACCCACUCGACCAAGGUUGUUCAUUAAGGCGACUCAAGAUAAGCGUAUCGCCGAGGAUUCGGGACGGCCCCAAGAUAUCCAAGACACCGAUGACCGUACUCGCCAGAUGUUCCGCUCCUUGUCCGCCGAACAGGUGCUCCGUGCCACUCCAAGCUCUCGCCGGCUUUCAUCCCACUAUCAAAGCCACCACGGAGAUGAGAGCAAGCGUAUGGCUGUUCUGGUUUGGAAGUUCCGUCAGACUCGCCCCGGCGAAGUUGGCACAACUACUUGGAAACGCCUAAUCCCGGCGCCGGAUCGGACUACAACCAAUAGUCCUCGGGCUCCUGCCAACGUUGAUCUUCCUCCCCUCUCGCUUGAUUCCAUUCUUCUCAGCAAACCAUCUCACCAGGGUGUGUAUCAGGCCCCUCAGCCGCAUGACCUCCUUCACCACCAGAGCCAGCCUCAAUCGCAAUGGCCCAUAUAUCCCUCCUCCCACGAUAAUGUGGCCCACCUCUUCAAUCCGUCCAACCACCUCGACUUCAUGACAUCCAUCACCAAAGGCGAAGACGGACUCAAUGACAAAAUCGCUGUCACCUCCGUGCUGGACUCAUUCUCCAGCAGCCUCGCACCUGAGUCCAUUCCAUCCACCAGUCUUCACGGCUCCAGCAGUGCACCAGUCAUGCUGAACGUGCAUGAUCUGCCCCUCUCCCACCCAAGCAUGGGCUACUCGAUGGGCCACGAUAACUCGCACUACGUGGCAUCUCAACCACACAGUUUGAACAUGCACGACCAUAACGUCCUCAACGGGUUCUUCGGCUCCAGUGCGCAGCCUCUUGAUGACCUCAGCCCCGGUCACCACCCAUGGGGUGCGCACCCCACCUCCAUUCCUGGAGAUGUCGGUGCCGGCAGCUACCACCUCCCCUACCAGCAGGGCCCUGUUUCGCGUGAAUCGCAGCAAACACAUCACUUCGAUGGCGUUCUGCCAUCAGAGGACCUCAUGGAUAAGAUCGUCGGGCGCAUGUCCAGUGGCCCCAGUAUGCAUGGGACGGGUCCCGAUGCCAACGGACGCUACGAUAACGCCUCGAGGGACGCAGUAUAA